AUGAGCAACACAAGUAGUAGCACUGGAAGUCUGGCCGACUCAUUACCAAAUAGGUUGGGAGGAUCAAUGAGGGAGAGGUCAAGGAGUGAUAAAGAUUUAUCAAGCUCAUUGUCAAAGAAUAAUGGUGGCUUCCGUAGCUUUAUGCAAAGGAUAUCACCUCGCAAGUCAACACUCAAUGAUCAAACAUUCGUUCCACCUCCUCCUUCACAACUAGGUGGUACAGCGCCACCUUCAACGGAUGAAGAUGGACUCGAUCAGAGUGUUCAGUUGCAGAAGAUCAUCAUCAAGGAUUUGGGUGAGAUUGCAGAUAAGAGUCAGUCGGAGCUCAGCAUCAUCAGAGGAGAGCUAGACAGUGCAAGAUCACAAAUCGAAAGCCAGCUAUCAAGCAUUCAACGUAUUGAAGAGUUGCAAGAUUCCUUGACUGCCGCCACAACAGAGUCCGCCAGACUACAGAAACAGAAUGUCCUCUUAAAAGAGGAGAACGACCACCUAACAGACAUAAACAGUGUCUUGGACGACAGAGUUGAGGCACUAUGUAAAGAGUUGAGUUAUUACAAGGAUACAAGUAUUGCUACUAUAUUGUAUAAGAUCAAGAGUGGCAUAUCUCCAUCUGGAAUUGAAUGUGUAAAGACUUUGGAAGACAAACAACAACUUCUUGCAGGUGCCACCAUGCUCUAUGUCCAAGAGUUCAAUGACAAUGUAUUAUUCAAGGUUGUAAUCUACUUAAGAUCAACUCUUGGAUGGAAGCUGUUCAUCAAUCAGUUACGUGGACAGUAUGAGAGCUUGAAGUAUUACAUUAAUUACUGCAAGAUGACAAAGAACUAUGACGAGUUGAAGAGGUUGUAUAGGGAGAUUAGGAAUCCAUUGGAAGAGGGAUUGGCAAUGGUGUCCCAGAUGUGUGAAGAAUCAGAUCCAGACCUCCACAAGUACAACCUAUACAACUGCACAUUGUUCUUUGAUCAGUAUAGUCAUCUAUCAUGGUACAAAGAUGUACUGGAUGAAUACGCGAGGACCAGGCGAUAA